AUGUCACCAGUAACUCGACGACAAAAACGGCACAAUCGCGUCAAUUAUGCAGAGAGUGAAAGCGAUCACAGCGAUUCAGAGUUCGAUAGUACUAGUAGUGGCAGCGACAUGUCAGAGGACGAAGCAGUUACAAAAAGGACACCUACACGAUCGAAUCAAUGGGCAGAACUACAACGAGCUCGAGCACAACAACGAAGAAGCCAAUGGAAGGCCGCAGUGAAUAAAAGGAAAAAGCCAACGAUAGCACCACGUAGUAUCAAACGGCUUAAUACAACAGCCAUUACACCUUUACAACGACGAACACAAGAUCGAUCAGCAGCAUCCACUCCAUAUGAGAUUGCACGUGAACGAUUACAUGUAUCAGCAGUACCAGAUUCACUUCCAUGUCGCGAAGACGAGUUUGCCGAUAUUAUGGGAUUCGUGGAAGGGGCUGUUGAAUCAGGCACAGGCACAUGUAUUUAUGUCGCCGGCGUACCUGGUACUGGUAAAACCGCCACUGUGCAUGAAGUCAUUCGACAUUUACAAUACAGAGUUGAACAAAAGGAAUUGCCAGCAUUCAACUUUGUGGAAAUCAACGGCAUGAAGGUGACAGAUCCGAAUCAGGCAUACAGCAUCUUGUGGCAAUCUCUCAACAAAGCUGACAACAAUCGUCGUGUCACAUCCCAUCACGCACUCGAUUUACUGGAAGCCAAAUUCAGCACCGAUAAACCAGAUGAUAUGACAACUGUGGUGUUGAUGGAUGAAUUGGAUCUAUUGGUGACCAAAAAGCAGACCGUCAUGUACAACUUUUUCGAAUGGCCGAAUCGACCCAAUUCCAAGCUUGUGGUGGUAGCCAUCGCCAAUACCAUGGAUUUACCGGAGCGCAUAUUGACCAAUAAGGUAUCAAGUCGAUUAGGUUUGACGCGUAUCAACUUUGAACCCUACACACAUCGGCAACUCUAUCAAAUUGUGGAUUCACGGUUGGAAGGUGUUGAUGCAUUCGAAACGGAGGCUGUUGAAUUUGCUGCACGCAAAGUGAGUGCUGUCAGUGGUGAUGCAAGACGUGCACUGGAUAUUUGUCGACGCGCUGUGGAAAUUGUUGAAGCACGACACAAUGCAACCACAAAACCAUCAACAACAACAUCUACUACCAGCAAUCAAGUUGCACGGGUUACUAUCCCAACGAUCAACCAAGCUAUCAAAGAAAUGCUUCAAUCCCCCUUUGUGGCAUCUGUACAAUCAUACGCUCUUCAUCAAAAGUUAUUCUUGGUGUCCGUCAUGCAUAGUAUACGGCAUUCGGGUCUUGGUGAAGUGAGAUUUAGCGAUGUGGCCAUGUAUCAUAUUCGAGCUUGCACGUGGAGCAAUAUUGAACCACCCACCAUGAGUGAUUUGAUGCAAGUAUGCCAAUCGCUGGGUCAAGCACGUGCAUUGGUGAUCGAGGAUGGGAGGACCGAUUUGAUGAUGCGCAUUUCUCUCAACAUUGCUACCGAAGAUAUCAAAAUGGGAUGCAAGGAUGAUAGACUUAUCACGAGGCUAUUAGUGAAUGCAUGA